AUGAAACUCAUCAAAAACCUCCUAAUUCCAAAGUCAGACCUGGAAAAAAAGACAAUAGACCUGGAAAGAAAGCUCAACGUGACCAGACAACACAUCGGCGGUCUACAUUCAGCUCUGCGACUGACUUUGUUCUCUGGAAGACUGUUGGGGGUUCUACCUUUGGUGGGGUUGAUGAAUGAACGGAGUGAUGGGUUGAGAUUUACACUCCGGUCGUGGUAUUCAAUAUUGUACAUCAUUAGUUUGUUUGGACAAAUCCUUAUGUCCAUCAUGACUUUUUAUUGGCUCCUGCAGAAUCGCAUUUCUCUUACGAAUUUUACAAACUUUCUUUUCUACUCGUCAAGUGCGAUUUCGUUUCUCAUACUGGCCAAGAUUGGAAGGUACUGGCCGAAAUUGGUCAUGAAAGUGGAAGCCAUAGAAGGCAAACUGCCUCCUCUUACUACAGACGUAUCUAAGUAUUGCACUUGCAUUAUGGUCUUCAUUCUUGCAGCAGCUUUAGUUGAACAUCUCUUCUCAAUAUUCUAUGGGGUGACAGUAGCCAGUGUGUGCGAUCCCGACAAAGUAGCUGAGACGUUCUUUCACUAUGACAUGCCGUGGAUUUUCACAUACACAUCUUACGCCUCAUGGAAAGGGGUACUAGCAGAGUUAUUUAACAUCCAAGCUACUUUCAUCUGGAGUUACAAUGAUUUGCUCAUCAUGGUCAUCAGUGUGUAUCUCACAGAGCAUUUCAAAACGCUUAAUCAAUUAUUCGAGGAUGCAAUGAAACAAGGUUAUUAUUCAUGCGACGAAUUCCGGACGCAACAUUUAAAAAUAAUACGCUUGGUAAAGCUGAUUAAUGAGCAAAUUGGAAUCUACAUAGUAAUUUGCUUUGGCAGUAAUUUGUAUUGGAUUUGCACGCAGCUGUUCUACAGUUUAAACAAAAGUCAAACUGGACAUUUCGUCGCAUGCCAGUUCAAGGUCCAGAAUGCCUACAAAACAGUCCACGGCAUCGAACAUACAGUGUACUUCACAUACUCGUUCUCAUUCUUGGUGGCCCGUACCUUGCUGGUUCUGCUGUUAGCUGCCAGGGUACAUUCUGCUUCGGUUGUACCCUUGGUCCAUCUGUAUGAGAUACCGAGUCACAAGUUUAACGUUGAGGUUGAAAGGUUCAUAGCUCAAAUCAACAAUAUCAAAGUGGCUCUAAGCGGUUUGGAUUUCUUUUACGUGACCAAAACAAUGAUUUUAACUUUACUGGGAACCAUCGUCACAUACGAGCUGGUGUUAUUGCAAUUCAAUAAGGAUACCAAAACUAGUUAA